UUUUUUUCGUGUCAAAAAAUUCGUCUAAAUAUCAAUGGCUAAUGUUUUCGUGGUUUUUUUGUAUUAGGAACAAAAUGUUCUAUUUUUCAGACUGGUUUUCUGCACUUAUCUUGUUAUUACUAUUGAAAAAUGGCCAAGCAAUCGAACCACAAGCAAGUCAAGAAGGAUCCCUGCAUUCCUUCAAAAACUAUGCAGAUGUAGCAAUGUUUCAUUAUUCGGUUCCUAAAGAAGUCCUGAGAGCCACUUGGCAAUUCGCGGCAUUCAUGGAUGGCAAAGAAUGUCCAUCCAGAAAAGUGCAUAUAUAUUUACAGUGGGGUAGCUAUCCAAUAAUUUCAGAAGGAAACGCGACCUUUCCUCCACAUGUGAUUUUUGAAAGAAAUUACACAUUUUCUGUGUCUACCUGGACGACUUACGAACCAAAAAUUAUUACAAUUAUUCCCGUUUAUGGCCCACCGUCUGGUGAUUGGUUCGUGGGCGCAUACUUAUCGCAUUGGGAUGAAAAAGUACAACAGCAGGGUCUGGGCCACAAAUGUCGCUACAGUAUAGGAUCAGUGGCGCUUUGGAGUCAAAUGGGUGGAAUUCAAAAUAUACCAUUGGGUUAUCAAAUAUCCAUGAAAACGAGCGAAAUAACCUCUUACUACAAGAUCUUCAUUCCUUCCGGUACUUGGCAUUUCCAAGUGCUAAUUUGGGGCUGUAAUUUCAUUAUAAAAGCCCCAAAAGAUUUUCGGAAUCCUUGUAUACUCGGCUUGGCUUUGCAACCAAGAGUUUUACCCAUGUUUAAUCAUACUCAUCCGAGUCCUAUCGGAAAUCUCUCAACUUCGGAUUCGUACACAUUCACAGAACUUUCGCCCUACGAGGACAGUUAUUAUUAUUUACUAGUCAUAUCAAAUACCACAAUUUCUUUCAACGUUGAAGUUACAACGACAGACUGUCCAGUGAAGAUAAUAGAAAAGUCUGCUGUUAAAACUCUUUUAAGUGUGUCGUACUUGCCAAAAGAAUCUUUGUCAGAAUUGUAUAUUACAAAUUCUAAAAGAAAUGGAACGCACUCAUUUGAGAAUGAUAAUCAAAGAAAUCGGCUGGACCUUUCAGCUCUGAGUUUGCACAAAGAUGAAGAUAUUGAUCCGGAAGAUUCUUGCAUUCCAAGAUUUCAACUUGCUAGAGUAAAACACCCUCAAUCUUUUUCUGAAGUUUACUUACUACAGGGACAGGAAUGGUUAACGUCGUGGAUUAUACUCACAGACGAAUAUCCAGUCAUUACUCAGCUUGACAUUUUACCUUUCGUCGAUGUUGGUGGAACUUUAAUGAUCAAUAUUCACCUUGAAGUUGAAAAAUUAGUAACGAAGCAGUUAGUGGAGUUAUCGGUUUGUAUCCGACGAGCCAGAAAACCAGAUCGAAUUAAAGGCAAGAUUGUUUGUCGAGAUGAACAAUUUUCUAUGAAUUUAUCUUCUCAAGGCGAACACAAUGGAACCAUUAUUAUUCCUUAUCCGAUGCCGGAUACCUGGCACAUUGCUUUACAAGCAAAGUGUGCCUUUAAGGGAAAAACAGUAAAGUGUGAAAUGGAAGAAAUUUUAGUGUGGUUAAAUGUAAAAACAACUCAAUGUGUUCCUGUUAAUGAUCAUGCUUGUGGCGAACAUGGAGUUUGCCAAGAAAUUCACAAAGGAAUUUUGACUUAUGCUGCAUGCAGCUGCUUUGGGGGUUAUAAAGGAUGGGGCUGUACCGACGCGGCAGAUGUGAAUUUAGAAUCUUCCGUUUUAUUAAUGACAUUAUUGUUGACCCUGAGCAAUGCAGUUUUUUUACCAGCUAUAAUUUUAGCCCUGAAGAGAAAAUUGUAUACGGAAAGUCUCGUUUAUUUAGCCACAAUGCUGUUUUCGACAUUUUACCACGCCUGUGAUCAACAAUUUUUAACUUACUGCAUCGCCAAAUAUGAGGUUCUUCAGUACAGUGACUUUUUCUCAAGCAUACUUUCCUUUUGGGUGACUCUAGUCUCGAUGGCGCAAUUACCGACUCGAUUUCUCUCAGUCUGCUACAUGUUUGGAGCGCUCAUAAUCGCAUUUAGUGUAGAAUCGAACAGAACCGGACUUAUUAGCAUUCUAAUACCACUAGGAAUGGGAAUUUUGCUUCCUUUGGGAUCAUUUAUACACCGCUGCGUGAAAUCGAGAAAGUUAAAAAGACCAAAAAGUACUUGGAAGUUCUUCGUGGGCCUUUUAUUAGCUCUCAUUGGAGUUCUUCUUUUCGCUUUUGUAGAAACAGAAGAAAAUUAUCGCUACGUCCACAGUGCGUGGCAUGUCUUGAUUGCCCUUUCUCUUCUAUUUUUAUUACCACCAGCGCGAAAAGAAGAAAAUAUUUCGGUUAAUUCCGACUCAGUCAGUAGUUCGGAUUCGGAACUUCUUGACUACCAGGAUCAUCAAGCUCCUGUUUUUGCCGUGAUAUCCAGCCAGGAACAUUUGGUAACAGCAUUAAGAUAAAAUCUUAACUAAAGUAUGCAUCAGGUACCAAAAAUCUGUUCUAUUGAUGUGCCAAAAUGGUGUUCAUAUCUAGAUGACUCAAUAGAUUACAAUGCCGCUGAGCUAUAAUCAUGGUGAAAUACAGACAGGCAGUCGCAGUCGGUAUCAGUCGGAAAAGUGCUUGGAACGGUCCUACUUCAUGCCUUCCUGCUAUUGGAACUAAUUUAGAAAGAAAUAUUUCAAACUGUUU